AAAAGAAAGAGUUAUAUUAAGAUAAUUGAAUGCGACUGAAAAACAUUGAAUGCCAUUAUAAUUUGCUACUGAGGUCGCGUUAUAACGUAACCUUGUUAAAAACCAAGCCGUCUUCCUAGCUACUAUUAUGCAACAUCAAUAGAUCGAGGUCAGGUCAUGGAGCAUCUUAUGACUGAGGUCAGUUCAUCGAGGUCAACAUCAUUACUGAAUGAAUCUUUCGAUCAAAAUUCUUACGCGUGAGACAAAAUGUGCAUUCUUGAACUAACAGGUUGAACUGUAUUUAAUGCAUGUUUGCAUCUCUUAAGGUAAGUGAAUUGAAAUUAAACUGAGUAAAAUGUUAUAUACUAUAAAUACUAAACCAAAGCUUCAAGUUUUUAUAAGAACUACAUAUAAAAAGAGUUAUCCCUCUUUGCACACUAAGCUACAGUACCGGUAUUUAUUUAUAGUGAAGGUAAUGUUACUCAAUACACAUCAUUAACAUUACUAUUAGGAUCAUUGGAGUUAUGUUUCUAAAAUAAUGAAGCAAGUAAUCACAUUGGUUAGUAUGAAAGUAAUUUACCAAAAGUCUUUUACUUUCUGUAACAACGGGGUUUUCCCCAUGACUAAAAUUAGAAAAUUUUUUGAAGUUAUGGAUUCAGACAAUACAACACAAAUAGGAGAAAUUCCUGUUCAGAAAAUGUCUGAGUCAGUGUAUGUGGGGAUGUGUCACAAGAUAGGGACCCCACAACAGGUGGCCUCCAGGAGAGACAUAGGGGAUAUGAUGGAGCUGUUGGGGAAUCAUUGUGAUGUGUGGAGAUUAAUGGAUAGUGGAAGUCGGAAAGAAGGAUUUAGAUUUCUUAAUUCAGACAUAGACACUAUGAUCUGGCAAACUAACAUUCGAGUGAUCUGGGAUUUCUCUCAGUCUGAGUUUUACAACAUACACAGACAGGCACUGAUUCUCUGUGACAAUUCUGAGAGUCCAGCAGGAUUUACGUUACUUUGCUUACCAUUGGAAAGAGCUGCACAGAUAGUGCUGUCAUCAUGUGUGGAAAUGAAUGGAGGACUCUAUAUAUCAAGUUCUAAAUACAGAGAGAUAAAUCGUACUUCAAUAAGUCCUGAUGAUACAAUACAUGGACCAUGUAGCAGUGGAAGACAUGGUACAGUACAAUACGAUUAUGCUCAUUGUUUUGUCAGUGAUUUUUGGCCCCCCUCUGCUGCCUCUUGGAUAAACAGAUGCCACUCAUGGCCCCCACCUUAUGUUGUCAAUGACAUUGUAAGAAAUGGAUGUCACUUUGUAGCAAUAGGACACAAACUAGGAAACCAUGAAGACAAAGAAUGGAGAAUUUCUUUCUCUCAGGCAGAAUUCAAACUUGUGUACUCAAUGAAUCACACACAGAUCUUAACUUAUGGUUUGAUGAAAUUGUUCUUAAAGGAAAUAAUUAACAAUGGAUUAAGAGAUGAAGAUAAACUUCUGUGUUCCUACCACAUGAAAACAGCUGUUUUUUGGGCCAUUCAACAAAACACACUACCUCACUGGUGUCCACAAAAUCUCCUGGUCGGUUUCUGGGUCUGCUUCAAACUUCUCCUUAAAUGGGUGUAUGAAGGAAUUAGUCCAAACUUUUUCAUUCCAGAAAACAACAUGUUUCUGAGUAAAAUCCAUGGCCAAGCACAAACAAGUUUAUUCAGGCGACUGUAUGGGUUGUAUGAGAAGGGUAUAGCAUUGCUGCUACACAGUCCCUCCAUCAGGUCCUCUAUCAUUGAUGUCCUCUGUAAUCCCAGACUCACGGUGUGUACUGAUGAACACACUCUGAUCUCUGAGGCUGAGUUUGAUGUAGAAUUAUUUAAUGAGCUAUAUGAUAAUGAUGGACUAGACACAUCAGACCUACAGUGCUGUAUGAAGUUCCUACACACAAUACAACAGUUGAUAGAUUCUCCUCUGUCACAGUAUCAAGUUGUAAGUUUACAGAAACACACAGCCACCACACUUCAGGGCACUGCUUUUAUAUUACACAACAUGUACACUAACACAGGUGUCAACAAACAGAUGUAUAUUGCUGACAAAAUAUCCUGUCACAUGCUGAAAUUAGCAGCCAAGUUUGGAUCUAUAUCUGACAUGUUGUACAUUGCCAUGUAUUAUUACAAGACACUCAGAUACAGGGAAGCUUUAUCUGUUAUAGAGAUGACAAAGGUCAAGUUAGCACAGCCAUAUCUGAUGUAUCAUGGACAUGUAGACAGAGAGAGGUAUACUGAGGCUGUAGGGGGACAGUCCUGGUCUACAAAGAUGAGACAGGCUGUAGCAGAGAAGAUCAAGCUUGACAAUGAAUUAUGUUAUAUCAGUGAACUGCUACCAGAACAACAAUCUAGUAGACAAAACGGAGGGUCUGCAUUGUAUAUCCCAACAUUUGUACUGUUACACAUGCUAGAGUUUUUGUGCUCUAGACAUGUUGACACAAUGAGAGCACAAGCAGCUCUAGAUGAUCUACAGGUUCUUGUUCACCAUGAUCAGGGACAGUAUGUAGAUGAUGAUUUAAGAGACAUUUCCUGGGAGAUCCUGGGGAUCUGUCAACAGAUGACAGGGAACUUCCAGGCUGCUCUAUACUCAUACCAACAGUCACUCAGACAAUAUCAAUUUAAUAAAAUACAAACUGCUACCACAGAAAGAAUCCAAGACUUACACUUUUCGACACCCCAUUUUUAUUAAAUGUCACUCUGACAUUAUGAGGAUAAUGCCCUGAACAUUUUAACUUGACAUGAAAUAAGAAUACCAUGAAUGUUGUUUGGUUUUACCUGAGUGUUUAA